AUGGAGAUUGAAACAAAGGUAAUCUCAAUUGAAACCAUCAAACCAUCUUCUCCAACCCCAAAAUCCAUGCAAAAACACCAACUCUCAUUCAUUGAUCAAAUAUUUGCACCUGUCUUGAUGCCCAUUGUCUACUUCUACCCAUCAAACUCCAAAUUCCCCACAUCCCUAAUCUCAAACCACCUCAAAAAAUCCCUAUCGAAAACCCUCUCCAUUUACUACCCCCUCGCCGGCCGCCUCGUCGGCAACCUCCACGUCGACUGCAAUGACGCCGGCAUCCCAUUCGCUGAAGCCGAAGCAAACUGCACUAUCUCUCGAGCCGUCACCAAUCCAGACCCCAAAAACACCUACAAAUUUGCAAUCUCCCCCAAAACCCUAGGCCUAUGCAUGGCGGUUCAACUCACCUACUUCCGCUGCGGCGGCGUCUCAUUCUCGCACAAACUGGGCGACGCUUUAAGCGCCUUCAUGAUCGCCAAGACCUGGUCCACCACCGCCGCCGCCGGUGACACACUGCCGAAGUUUAACGCGGCCGCCUAUUUUCCGCCACGGGAUAAUAUCCCCGUGGACCGGGCCAUCCCGGAACCGUCAAUGGGAGAAGAUCUCGUGGCGGGAAUAUUUUCGUUCCCGGAGUCCGAGAUCGCGGCUCUCCAGGAAAGAUACUCCUCUGUGGGGGACGGGUGGAGGCCUUGACGGCUUUUAUAUGGACCCGGUUCAUGGGCGUGAGAUCCGAACCGGUUAAAAAGUGUGCGUUGUUGCAUUUAGUGAACGUGCGGGCGCAGGUGGACCCGCCGAUGUCGAAACAUAACUUUGGGAA